UCACCGUUACUUGACAUAAAAAAGGAAAAAUUAUAAGGCGUCAUAUAUUUUCGUGCUAGCCGCGAUUUUUCUUUAUUGUGGAUAAACGGAGCUUAUAAUUGCGACAAAUCAACUUAGUUCAAUUAAUCAUUAGUUGGUGUCGCUAUAGAUCUAAUUACUGAGCAUAACAAAAUCGUGCAAAUCAGAAGCAAAAUGGAGGGGACUGAUCAGAAUUCAAUUUUCGCACGUAUGAACUCAAUCUACGGGAAUCUUAACGGAGCAUCGCCGCGCAGCGUAAAAUUCCUUAAACCUAAUUACCAAAAGAAACAGGUCGUCAAGAAAUGCUUGUACGUGGAGGCCAACAACAAUGCGGAGAAAAAAGAGGAGGAUAUCGGAUCCGAUCUGCAAUCGGAGAACAUUAUUAUUAAGACAUGCAUAUGCAACAGUCCAGCGAAGGCCCUCGAGUGUGGUCGCUGCCACCACUACUUGCAUGGACGCGUUGCCACAAUAUGCGAGAAGCAUCCAGCUGAAGCUUCCCUUAUGGACUUUCGCCAGUGUCCCUACUGUUUGGCGAGCGCCAAAGUAAUCAAGGAAUCUGAAAAAACUUGGGCUCAGAUCCGUCAGAUUGAGGACGCCAUACUAUCCGAUGGUGAUCUGUAAGCCGAGUUUGAUACUCGUCACCAGCAGAAUCAAUUUACAUUCAAAAAUGUAUACCUAGCAGUCAACUUAACGUGUUGAAAAUACAUAUGUAUCCAAUUAA